UGCAGUGCAGACGAAACUGUCGGCUGUCGGUAGAGUGGGAGGAGAAGCUUUGCCGACUAAGUUGUGACUGACGUUUCGUGAUUUCUGAAUCAUCUGAGGAUUUCUUUGUUCACCCGUGGGAAUGGAUAGUCGACCGUGUAUCAGUGAUUUGCCUUACAGCAAAAGUGGCGAGAAAGAUCAGGAUGAGAAACUUCUUCAACCUUUCCAAUAUAUUUUGCAAGUCCCAGGGAAACAAGUUCGAGCAAAAUUGGCUCAUGCUUUCAACUACUGGCUUAAAAUUCCUGCAGAGAAACUGUCGGCUGUAGGUGAUAUUAUCCAAAUGCUGCAUAAUUCCAGUCUGUUGAUUGAUGAUAUCCAGGAUAAUUCAAUGCUUCGCAGAGGAAUUCCUGUUGCUCAUUCCAUUUAUGGUGUUGCAAGUACCAUCAAUGCUGCUAACUAUGUUAUGUUUAUUGCUUUGGAGAGAGUUCUCAAUUUAAAUCAUCCCGAGGCUACGCAAGUUUAUACCGAGCAGCUGCUUGAGCUACACCGAGGACAAGGAAUGGAAAUAUACUGGAGAGAUAACUUUUCUUGUCCAACUGAAGAAGAAUAUAGACAGAUGACCAUAAGAAAAACGGGGGGCUUAUUUAUGCUUGCUAUUCGAUUAAUGAGAUUGUUCAGUGAAAGUGAAGAGGAUUUUACAAAGCUCACAGGCAUACUGGGGCUAUACUUCCAGAUUAGAGAUGAUUACUGUAAUUUGUGUUUACAGGAGUAUUCUGACAAUAAGAGUUAUUGUGAAGAUUUGACUGAGGGAAAAUUUAGUUUCCCUGUGAUCCAUGCUAUUCGUAGCAGACCAGAUGACCUUCAGGUCAUUCAUAUUCUCCGGCAGCGUACUCACAGUGUCGAAGUAAAGAGAUACUGCAUUCAACUUUUGGAAAAGUUUGGGUCUUUUAGUCAUACCCGAGAUGUUCUUCUGCAGCUGGAUGCAGAGGCCCGAGCUGAGGUUCAACGUCUUGGUGGAAAUCCGCUGAUGGAGGCAGUUCUAGAUGAUCUCUUGUCCUGGCAGCAAGGCACUGUUCCUCUCAUUGAACAAUAAGUAAGGGCCCUCCAAUAAGGAUCUGUCAUCCAUAACACCAUAACUCAUGUUUCAUAUCACAAUUAUUUGUCUUAUGUUGGCACACCCUGGAUGUUCCUUUCAAAAUGUUUUUAGUAUCAAGGAAUCAAUGAUUUGCCCAAUUUGUGCAAAAAGGGACCUAUGUUCUCCAUUUCCCAUCAUGCUUCAUAUGACAAUUAUACCUAUUAUCUCAGGUAGUCCUAUUAAAAUAAUACCUUUUAAUUUAUCGAGAACCUGGAAUGUGCCGAUGUAAGUGCAUAUGUGAAGAGUAAUGUGUGGAAAUUAGGUAAUGUUGGACAUUGCCCAAGAAAUGUUGGACUUUAUUUAAGAAAUGUCAAACUUUAACUGAAGGUAUUGGAUAAUUCUGACACUACCCAGGGCAUAUUGGGUACUGUUAAAAUUCAUAGUUGGUGAGACACAAAUUUGAUAGGAGUUUUGGGUAAUGUCUGUUUGAUUAAUUUCAUUUGUAUUCAUCAGUCUACACUCAAUUUCUAACAUUAUCCUGCCUCUUGAACAAAUGGUCCCUAUUGAGAUGAGAGCCAUCUUUUCAUUGGUACAAGUUAACUAUUUGCACUUAAAACUUUAGUCGUGUUUUCUGCACCUGUGCUUUGUACAGCAUUAGGUUGUUAGAGAAUGCUGUCUGCCUCCUUUCAUAUCAAAAAAGCAUUCCGUGUGCAGUGUUUACUUGCAGCUUGCAGUGUAUUGUGAGAGUAGUGUGGAGAGUAUACUGAAUUGUCUUCCUUUUUGUGAUUCUAAAAAAAAUAUAUUGAUAGUGAAAAUUCAUGUUUUAUCAAAUAGACGUUUUUGAAAAAUAUCUUUUGGAGUCCUUUUGAGCGUUUUGUCUAAAUGUUAAAGGCAGUGACAAUUUUUUGGAAAAUGACCUCCCUUUGCUGUUGUCCUAUUAGGUACUAAUAGGAAUUCCUCAACUUUUUCCACUACAUACUGUAGUAUUCAGAAUAAGUCAAAAUGGUUUUGUAUGUGACUUUCGAUGAAUAUCUUUUCAGUAUUAUGUUAUGCAAUUGUUUAAUGAAUGUGUACUUAACCAUAUGAUUGCUCAACAUAAUCCAACUUUGAGUUUGAGAAUUUGGGUUCUGUUCUUUACAAUUCAGAGUUUUGCUCAGAGAACAUCAAGCAAUUAUCUGAGAAAUAACUUUCCCUUUCUCUCUCUCUCCUUAAGAUCUUAUUAGUACUUUAGUAUGAAUUGAACUUAAUGUCUUAAAUUGAAACCCGCCUAGUGAAGAAACUGGACAAGGGAGCUGAGUUCCAUUAAUUUAAGGGCAAAGCAACAUUUUUUCAUGAGAUAAAUUAAAAUCUAAGUCAGUUGGUUAUAUUUAGGUGAAAUCAUUGUGCAUAGCAUUAAUGCAUAGUUUCUUUGCUCAAAUUGAUGUGUUCACAGUGCCAAAGGGUGCAUCCAUUUCAGUCUUGCCAGUGUUCUUUAUGAUCACAAAUUUUUAUGAGGAGAAUUAUCACAUUUUAUGCUAUGGCACAUACAUUGUCUUAGAUUUAAAUUAACCUUAAUGUGUAUUAUCAUCUACAGUUUUACUGAGGAAAUUAAUUUUUUUUUUUAGAAUGUGUUCUAAUUUCAACAUAGACUUUGUGAUUUGACAAUAACUAGUCAUCUGUCGUUAUUUUAUAUUUGUUUUGUAAGAAUUUGCCUAGUGUGAUGUUUGAUGUUAGUGAUAAAUGUUAUUGUUUCUAUUAUCUUAAACAGUACUUAGCACCUCACAUAUUAAAAUGUCUACAUUCCAUCCUUGUUAUAUUCUUGUUUUAUUGGUUAACAUAUCUGUGAAUCCUUGAUUUAGGGGUUUUUGUUUCAGCAUAUUUUGUAUGUGAAGUUUACUCUGUAGCUCCAGAAAUUUUCAAGAGGCAUGGUACAUGUCCAGGUUUUAAGAGCAAUGGGGAAAACAAAUGAAACUCUAGUUUUGUUCAUUUAGUAGUCACUGAAUAAUUAUUUAUAAUUUAUUUGACAGAAAAUCUAAUGCAUUAGGCAGGGAAUGUCACAGAUUUCAAGUCAACGACAAUAAAUAAAAUGUUACCUCUAA